AUGGCUUUUGACAAACAAAUAACAAUACCUGAAGGUUAUACCUUUAGACCUUUGGAAAAGACUGACUACCAUAACAAUUACCUUGAUGUUUUAAGAGUAUUGACCGAAGUGGGGGAAAUACUGGAAUCAAAAUUCAAUGAAUUGUUCGAUUAUUGGAAAUCAUUGUCAGACAUAUUUCAUCCACACGUUAUCACCAAUAAGUCAGGAAAGAUUGUAGCUGUUGGAAUGGUGUUAUUUGAAAGAAAAAUGAUUCAUGAAUGUUCUAUCUACGCCCAUAUUGAAGAUAUUGCUGUUGCUGAAUCAGAACAAGGUAAUAAAUUAGGAUAUUCCAUGAUAGUUGGGUUAACUAAUGUUGCAAAAGAAGGAGGUUGUUAUAAGAUCAUAUUAGAUUGUGAUCCUAAAAACAUUGGAUUCUAUGAGAAAUGUGGUUACACUAAUGGAGGUAAUGAAAUGUUUCUUAAAUUUAAUGCCUAG